AUGGCGAGCAGGCGCAGCAGUGGUGGACGAGGUGGUGGUGAAGAGCCGCACGAAGGGCAACAACAGCAACGACAACAGCAACAGCAGCAACAGCAAGAGAGGCACACAAGACGAGAAGCAGGAAGGCAACACCACGCUCACAGAGUCAUGCACCAACAGGCCGAGGGGGCCGAGGAGACACCCCCGCCAAGGAUUGUGACACGCUCACGAGCAGCAGGCCGGUCGUCUUCAACGGCAACAACGGCAACAACAGCAACAACGGCAACAGCGGCAAGAACAACCAGGUCGAGGGGUGCAACAACGGCGCCAACAACAACAACGACAACGACAACAGGGUCGUCUCCGCGAAAGAAGAGUGGAACCAGCGGCACAACACGGCGCUCAAGCGCCUCCGGUGCUGCCACUCGCCGCAAGACGCGCUCGUCAGCCUCCGCUGCAACCACGCCAGAGGGUUCCUCGUCCCAGUCGGCUAGCUCAGGCGCCGCAGGCACGCAGCGCAAGCGCUCAUCCACGAAAACAAGAACGGCAUCAAAACCAUCGGCAGUAGCUUCGCCGUCGUCGGCCUCAUCGUCACCCGCCACCCGGAAAGAGGUUGGGGUUGGUGCCAAGAAGAGGACUGCCUCUGCACGCAGCAAGGCGCCCGAACCAACCGCUUCAACACCAUCACCGCGAACGAGACUCCCGCGCCGCGCGCGUGCUCGUGAGCGAUUCGGCGAUGAGAGCAUGCACGAUGACGAUGACGGUGAUGAUGGUGAUGAUGAGGAUGAGGCUCAGGAUGACGAGCGUGGUGAUGGCGGCAACCAUUCCGACGAGGACAUGGACCUGGAUGACAGCGACAUUGAUAAUGGCGCCGAAGCAGCCCACGUCUCACGUGCACAGCGGUUGCCUUCCCCUCCAGCACCGGCUGCAUCAGCUGUGACAGCACCAACAGCAACAACAAGAACAGCACCUAGGGCGACAGCGACAGCGCAAGCGCCCACGGCGCGUGAUCCAGCCAACACGUCCGUGAGGACAAGUGCAGCGUCAGGCACUGCGAGCAUGCAUGCGCCACCGCCUGAGGAGCAGCAUGCGUUGCUGUUGGACGUCGCAUUCCAGUGCAGUCAGCGUGGUCUUGUCCUCGGCAGCCAAUGGCUGUUGGAGCUGGCGGCGUCGCUGCCGUGCGAAGAGGCAAGCUACUUGCCCACCAUCACCAUCAAGGAUCUCGAUCCCAAAGAAACCGGCACCUACUUCCUGGCCAAGUCCUUCUUUGACACGAGCGAGUUCAAGCGCUGCGCGCAUGCGCUUUCCAACUGCACCUCGCUUUCCGCCGUCUUCCUCCGCCUCUACGCCAUCUACCUCGCUGGCGAGCAACAGAAGGAGGAAGAACAGCCAAACGUGCUUGAAUAUGCCGCAUCACACGCCGCAAACAAGAACUUGCAGUCCAUUCGAACGCAGAUUGAGCAACGGCUGGCGCGGCGGCGGCCGUGUGGACCGUUCCUCCACUACCUCAUGGGCAUUGUCCUGCGCGAUAUGGGCCUGGUUGAGAAGGCGUGCUCGCACCUCAUCAAGGCUGUGAACGCCCAACCGCUGCUGUGGUCCGCCUGGUUCGCCCUCGCCUCCCUCUGCAAGGACAAGUCGCACGUCAACGCCUUGAAUGCCGUUCUUCCGGAUCACUGGAUCAAACGCCAUUUCCACGCGCACGUUGCGCUGGAGCUGCGCCUCGACAUGGAGGCGCUGGAGUUGUACGAAUCGCUCGAGCAAUCGUAUCCCCGCUCGUCAACAAUUGCUGCGCAAAUCGCCACCGCGUACCACAACCUCAGAGACGUUGACAUGGCUGAAGACUACUUUACACGCGUCGAGACACUGGAUCCAUACCGCCUCGACCACGUCGACACGUAUUCAAACGUGCUCUAUCUCCAAGAGAACGUUGCAGAGCUGAGUCGGCUGACCCAUCAUGUUGCUGCCAUCGACAAGUACCGGCCAGAAACUUGCUGCGUGAUAGGCAACUACUACAGCCGCCGAGAACACAGCGCCAAGGCCGAAAUCUACUUCAGACGCGCCCUCAAACUUGAUCGCACAUGCCUCUCUGCAUGGACGCUGCUUGGGCACGAGUACAUUGAACUGCACAAUGCGCCCGCAGCCAUUGUUGCCCUGCGUCGCGCUGUCGACAUCAACCCACGCGACUAUCGCGGCUGGUCCAACCUUGGAUAUGCGUACGACCUGCUCAAGAUGCCAAUGUAUUCUCUAUACUAUUACAAGCGCGCCCUCCGCCUCAGGCCGUAUGACCGGCGCAUCUGGGACGCGCUUGCGGGGGUGUACCAGGCGCUGCAGCACUAUGGGCAGGCGAUCAAGUGCCUGGAGAACAUUCUCUCGUUCAACGAGGAUGACGUCACGGUGUUGCAUCGCAUUGCAAAGAUCUACAGAGACGAUGUCUUCAACCCAGACAAGGCUGCCUUCUACUAUCUGAAGACGAUAUCGCUUGACGACACGGGCAACAUCAUCAUCAGCGACGAGAACAUUCUGGAGGCGUGCGAGUUCCUGAGCGACUACUUUAUGCGGCGCAAGGACCGCGAGCAGGUUGAGAAGUACGCAAACGUCCUCAUCUCCUACGGCGGCAAGCCGAAGCAGCGUGCAAAGGAGCUGCUGCGGCAGCUGCACGAGGGCGGGCGCGCCGAUCGCAGUCAGGCGGGCGGUGCAGGUGGUGUGCACACGACGCUGCAGACAUCAUCGUUGACCCAUCCCUUCCGCGCAGAGGACUUGAUCCGGUCACCCGUAGGCAUAGCAGCCACACCCCAGCAGCAAGAGCAACAACAGCAGCAGCAGCGUGGCAUAAAUGCACCGUUCCUGCAGCUCACAACCCCGACCGCUGGUGGCAGCAGGGAUGGUGGUGGUGGUGGUGGUGGUGGUGGAGAUGACGAUGAUGACGAUAUGGACCUCGACAUCUCCACCGAGGACAUGUCUGAUUGA